UGGCACCUUUCAUUGCGCGACACAUUCACGGCUGCCACUGCGCCACCUAAUCGAUCCCUUUACCUCUAUCUGCCAAUCCUCCAUACCUCCAUCUCACAAUGUCUGUCUGGGAUGCCUUCAGCGGCAGAAGGAAACAGCAGCCGGAGCCGCAUGGAAACGAUUCCAUGCCUGCGCCUUCAGCUGGCGGCUUCGCAUCAUCGCCUUUCGAUCCCUCUGUCGCAACAACAGAUGUCUCGUCACUCUUAGGAGCCGCAUCUCUUCCCGAUGCCUCGAAAUUACACCCCCUUGCUGGCUUGAAUCAACAGACGCUCGACUACCUCUCCUUAGAUGAAUCAGCAUUAUCAGAUCUUCCAGGCUCUCGGUCGAUAUUGCCCUCCCGCGGCUGGUCGGACGACCUGUGUUACGGAACAGGAGUCGUAUAUCUCACAGCUUUGACUACUGGCGGCACCUGGGGAUUAAUAGAAGGCUUGAAUCGCACGCCGGCGUCGGCCCCUCCGAAAUUACGGUUAAACAGUGUCUUGAACAGCAUCACCAGAAGAGGACCUUUUCUUGGUAACUCUGCCGGUGUGGUUGCGAUGGUUUACAACGGUAUUAACUCCACGAUUGGCUACUAUCGGGGGAAGCAUGAUGCUGCAAACAGCAUAGUGGCCGGCGCCUUGAGCGGAGCCAUCUUCAAGAGCACAAGAGGCGUGAAGCCAAUGUUGAUUUCGAGUGGAAUUGUCGCCUCAAUUGCAGGUGCAUGGGCAUUGACCCGUAAAGUCCUGUUCGAGCCUCCCGAAGAGACCCAAAAGGCCAACCUAUAAUUCCGCAAACAUCAUAAACGAGGCGGAGAACAAGCGCACCGACACGUAUCCGGCAGUUCUGUGUCAUUUAUCCUCAUGCUCACCACAUGUUUUGUACAAAAUUCUCGAUGUCUUUUCAAGGGCCCCAUGCUCUUAUGAGGCGCCCUUUUCACCCAAUUGCGCGCUUUACCUUCGGAUCUUCACUCAGGAUGUGAUUAGCAUAGCGGGGUUUGGAUUAAGUCCACGGCGUCCGGUGAGGGUGUAUAUGAUAGAACUCGACACAGAAGGUCAAGAAUGCGACACUAUGACAUUGGCGACUGGAGCCAGGAGACCGAAGGAACACGCGGCUGGCCAGCAGGCUGAGUCCCGACUGGAGGCUUUCUCGAGUUUCUUACGGCAACGCCAACUAAUACAAAAUCAAGAGCUUUGGCUACAGUCCACUGUGCCAGCGCUAUGUUCGGGGUUGAUGAAUGAGUUAGACAAUGAAUUCAUUCUACGAACCUUCCUACGCGCAACGCCUUUUUCCCAGGUAGAGCCAACCUCAAUUAUUUAUACAGACUAAGUUGAGGACCGUUCGGGAUUACAGCAUAGUCCGACGCCAUGCCUUUGCAGCCAGCGCCUCGAUCAACUGAGUGUCUACCACUCCCUUCGUCGAGUCAUCCGCAAUGGCUUCGACCACAGCAUCGGCCACCAAAUCUGCCUUCAGCGGCUUUUCCACAGCAGCACCAAAUAUCCGAGUUAGGUUGCCUCCCACCAAACUGUUCACGGUGCUUCCUACCAUCCCAGACGCCGCUAUAGGUAGCGUGAACUUUCUGCUGCUGUCGUAUAGGAAUCCUGGC